UGAUGCACUCGUGCGAGCGUUGGGAGGAGGGCGGUGGGAGUUGAUGGCGGCGGCGAGGGAGUAUUGGAUGUUCUGAAUGGGUUGUUUGGUGGCUUUUGCAAUGGAUUUGGGGGUGCAAAUGUGUUGAGGAAAUAUCAUACAGCUUCAAGUCCACACCUUGCGAUUCCACAUGUCUACAGCACAGCACUACUCCCCCCUCCUAGAUCUCCCCCUCGAAAUUCGCGAACAAAUCCUCUUCGAAGCCCUCUCAUGCUCCUCUUCCUCUCCAAAAUCUAACCCUUCAAUUCUCCCUUUCGACAGACCUGUCCUCCAAAUCUUUACGGACAACCUCACCACCAACCCAUCAAAAUCAACAACCCCCAAUACACAUAAUUUUAAAGCAUUACCACAGAAAACAACAACAGUACCAACCCUCCUCACCACCAACCGCCAAAUCCACGCCGAAGCCUCCGCAAUCAUCUGGUCUAAAUUCGCCAUCCACAUCACAGGUCACAACAGCUACCCCGAUCACUCAUCGUGGCUUUCAUACUGGCAUUGCCGACAGCCAACUGUCCCACCCACUGUGCGCCAUCUCCAGAUCCGAUGGACCGAGGUCGUGGAAUGGGACGUCGACAGCCGCCAAGACAAUAGAAAGAUCGUUGAUAAGAAGAAACUCCACUCGACAGUGGCGCAGGUGAGAAAUUUCCCCGGAUUACUGAGCGUGAGGGUGCAGGUGCACUUCCUGGGGACGUUGAAGACGCCAUCGAAUGCGGCGAAAAGGGCUUCUGUGAGGAGAUUAGCUGCGCUUGUCUACGCGAUUCGGGGACUAAACGUUCGUGUCGAUGUGUUCCUGGAGCCGAACGGAGAGGCGCCGUGGGGGAGGGAGGUUGUGAGGUUGUGUCAAGAUGAAGUUAGGCAGAGGGUUAGGACGACGGGGUUGCUUGAGGAGGCUGUUGUGGAGAGUUCGAAGAGGGAGACGAAGGGGGAGGGGCUUGUUUGGUCGUUUUUGGGACAUUUGUCUACGGCGCAAGAUGAGGAGUGGAAGAGAGAUAUGAUGGGACUAUGGGAUUCGAAUUCGGAUGAGGAACGACAUCGAACCGACACACGACGAGUCACUGAAACGAAACAGUCCAUUACACCGAAGCUCAUAUUGAUCUGACCAUCAAUCGCCAAAACAUCUCAAUCAUCCCCCACACAAACUUACUUCCCAAGACGUACACCCCACCACCUAAUGAACCCUCAAACCCCCUUCUUCUCCUCCUCAACAAGCACACCACUAACCCCAUUCCAAUCACUAUUCUCCCCCUUCGUCUCCCCCUUCCUCUUCAACCAGCAAUUCGCCCCAUUAU